CCCACAACGGGUCUCACUCUUAAUUUGAUGGUCGAUUCAUUCGACGAACAGCGGGAUUAGCUAUGGAUGAAUACUCAAUUCGGCGGUUGCGGCACCGGCACUGGCGACGGCGAGCUCCCCGGAAGUCAGGUCGCCAGUUCUAUUAACUUUCACGGAAAAGGCCCGCAAUCGGUGGCUCCUCUCUAUUGGAAUCGCGUUCUCACUUUCUGUUCCCGAAAAAUCAUAACCCUAAAUUUGAAUUGCCGUCUCCCGUCUCACCGGAACCUUUAUGGCCCUCAAAGGAGUCCAUCUCGGGCCAGUUUCCUGCAAUUCAGCGCUGAAGGUCAGCUGUCACAUCUACUUACCAGUCCGCCGUAGUCCAUGGUGGUGUAAAAGUCAUCGCCACAUGGGGGUUGACUAAAAGGUCUCCCGUUGAAAUUCGUUUCUCGUCCGUUUAUUUUAUGGUAAGAAAGAAUGGCCAGCAUCGAGUAGCAAAGUCCUCGAUGUAAUCAGCCUUCGUUAUAACGUGUUAUUUUCGUAUGGCUUCUAAUGAAGGAUGGGUUGCCUGUUGUUCCCUUUGGGAAGGAAACUGAUCAUGGAGUCUGCAAAACUUGUUCUGCUUUCUCUGCUCCUUUUCUGGCACCAAACGUGCUCUGGCUCUCAUGAUACUAUAGCUGCAAAUGAAUCCAUCAGCGACGGGAGCCUGGUGAUCUCCAGAGGUGGUAGGUUUGCGCUGGGAUUUUUCAGUCCUGGUAGUUCGAGCUAUAGAUAUCUUGGCAUUUGGUACCAUGAUAUAGGAGAGCAAACUGUGGUGUGGGUUGCAAAUCGUAACGAUCCCAUCACUGGGACUUCAGGGAUUCUUACGGGUCAUGGAUAUUGCAACCUUUUUCUCUACAGUAAUAGUAGCAGCAAGCUUCCACUAUGGUCUGCUAAUGUUUCAGCGGGAUCAAACGGCACCUGUGUAGCUCAGUUAUUGGAUUCUGGAAAUUUUGUGUUGAAGGAAGGUGCAAGUAAGAGGAUUACUGUGUGGCAAAGCUUUGAUUAUCCUUCGGACACUGUACUGCCUGGGAUGAAAAUUGGGUUGAGUAGGAGAACAGGUUUGAGCAGCUUCUUGACAUCUUGGCGAUCAGAAGACGAUCCAGUGGGAGAGGUGGGAGGAUAACCAUGAGUUCUACAAAGACUCAUUUGUAGACAACGACGACGGGAUAUUCCUCUCAACUGCUACUGUGGACUCUUCUUUACUCGUAAGGGCAGUCGUCGAUCCUUCAGGAAUCUUGACGGCAAUGACACGUGAUGAAAGCGAUGGCCAGUGGAGGGUCUUCUAUUCAUCCCCUAAGCAGAAGUGUGAUUUCUAUGGAAGUUGUGGCCCUAACACUGAUUAUCUGAAGGAAUCCAGUGGCUUUCUCGAGUUCAAGAUGAAGUUGCAGUUGAGCAGCAUCAUACCGUCCAUUGUCUCAGUAUGGGUUGUCAUUGUCUUGUCUGUUUAUUUGUGGCUCAGAAAGAGGAGAAGGAGUAGGGCGAAGAACAUACAGAUCAGAAAUCUAUUUCAUCCAAGUGAUGGUUCAAACUACUUGGAAGAUUCUGUGGCUCCAACAGACAUCAAGCGAAGUACUGUCUACCCUGAAUUACCUUUUUUCGGCCUCAUCACCAUACAUGAAGCCACUGACAGUUUUUCCCCAGAAAACAAACUUGGACAAGGGGGUUUUGGUUUAGUGUACAAGGGAAAGCUGUCAAACGGACAAGAGGUGGCUAUAAAACGAUUGUCCAAAAAUUCAAGAGAGGGGCUGGAGCAAUUCAAGAAUGAAGUAUUCUUGAUUGCAAAGCUCCAACACAGGAACCUUGUGAAGCUUCAUGGUUGCUGCAUUGAGCAAGAUGAACAGAUACUGAUUUAUGAGUACCUGUCCCGCAAUAGUUUGGAUUCCCUUCUCUUUGUUGACCAGAGCCUAAGAUCAUCUUUGGAUUGGAGGAAACGGUUUAACAUCAUUGUUGGUAUUGCUCGUGGGAUCUUGUAUCUUCAUCAUGAUUCCAGAUUCCGAAUAAUUCAUAGAGAUCUGAAACCUAGUAAUAUUCUCCUGGAUGCUGAGCUGAAUCCCAAAAUUUCUGAUUUUGGGAUGGCUAGAAUAUUGAACGGUGACCAAAUGGAAAGGAAGACAAGUAGAAUUGGCGGAACUUAUGGUUACAUGUCACCUGAGUAUGCGCUCUUUGGAAGGUUUUCUGUGAAAUCCGACGUGUUCAGCUUUGGGGUGAUAUUACUGGAAACUGUCACUGGAAAGAAGAUGAAUGAGCUAUCCCAUGAAGAUCCUUCAUUGAGUUUGAUCGGUCAUGUGUGGGAAUUAUGGAAGGCAGACAGAGUCUCGGAGGUGGUCGAUUUGUCGCUGUCGUUGUCACAUAAGGACUCGAACGAGGCACUGAGAUGCAUCCAAAUCGGGCUGUUGUGCGUGGAGGAAAUCGCAGCACAUCGACCUGAUAUGCUGGCUGUGGUUCUUAUGCUGAACAGCGAAACAACACCUGUUCCGACUCCCAAACGACCUGCAUUUGUUUGCGUGAGGCCCAAGGCAUUGCUCGCAGAAGAACGUACUUGCUCGUUAAAUGAGAUGUCAUUUUCAGGGAUCUUAAGUCGCUGACGUACCCUCUCCGUAGUCGAAUGCUAGAUAUCAAUCGUCUAAAAAAGUGGUUAAAGUACCGUACAUGGACCUUUCCCAACAACUUCGAUAAUUUCGCCUAGGCUGCUUACUUUUGUAAAUGUGGAUGUCACUGUUUCUCCUGGUGAUCAUAUCUGUAUCGAGCUCUUCACUUCCUUAACCAAGUAUACUUAUUAAUAAUUUAAUAAGCAGUGAUUAGUUAUUUGGGAAGAAACAAGUAGAUUGUUUGUGACCUGUGAAGGCGAGUGCAGGAAGAAACUGAAACGUCUCGCGUUUCUACGUUUCUUUUGUCUGUUUCUCUCCGUUUCUGGGUUUCUUGUUCUGGCGUUUCCUUUGCUCCAAGGAAGCCCCUCAUGUAAAUAUUUUCAUGGGCCGAAAGAAGCACUCCCGUACCCAGCAAGUUGGGCCUCGUUGGCCCACUCGCUGAAUGGACAAGCAAGGCCGUGAUGCGCGAGCCCAAUUGGCAACUUAAUUUUUUUUAUUAUUUCCCUCGCUUCGCGAAAUAGUAUCAGCGCUUCAGUAAUCAGUACUCAGUAGCUCUGUUCCUUCCUUCGUUGUGCCCACGACCGCCAUUGCCAAGCGAAACUAAGCGAUUGAUUCCUUCUCCCGCGUAUGUCACUUCGUAAUCUUCUUGUUGUUCUUCAAUGUUCAUUGUUCAGUCAUGACUUCGCUUUCGCUUCUUCUGAUCGGUGCUCGAAGAGUGAUGAUCUAUUUCCUUUCAAUUGGAGGAGGAUACUUGAAAGUUGCGCCUUGGCAAAAUUCGAGACAGCCAUGGAUGAAACGUUUGAUUCGCCGGCAAAAUUAGGUAAGCCAUUUCGGUUCUCCUGCUCUGCAAGCUUCUGCGACGAGCCUGAUUCCACCUGCAUGCUUCCUUUGUCCUGAAAUUUCAAUGGCGAAUCUCGUUUCCGCUCGCCGUUUCGGCGACACCGAGUCGAAAGCAGCGACUCACCUCGUCACGAGUCAACGGUCAAAGUAUGUCUCCAAUGUUCGUACCGCUGCUUCCUUUCCUUCCAUGCCUUUGUUUAUUCAACACGGAAGACGAGAAGAGAGAAAAACAAGAAGAGAGUAUUGUUGUUGAAGAUUCUUCUGGGGCCAGGAUUAGAAAAAAAUGGAGAGGGCAUUGACUCUUAAAGUAAAGCAGUCCAGUCUGCCCGCCAUUCCAAAAAUGGCAGGCAUUUCAACUUCGUUGAAAAAGUGUCAUCCCCCUUUCAGGUUCUGUUUGCUGGGACACAAGGGCUCGAAUACUUGAUGCUUGGAUUGAUGGCGGCCUGCCAGUUGGGAGGCUUUGACCAUGGAAGCUGCAGACUUUGUUCUGUUUCCUCUGCUUUUUCUCGCCUUCCAAACAUGCUCUAGUUACAGUGAUGUAAUAUCUGCUAAUCAGUCCAUCAAUGAUGGAAGCCUGGUGAUCUCUGAAGGAGGUACGUUUGCAUUGGGAUUCUUCAGUCCUGGCAGUUCUAGCUAUAGAUAUCUUGGCAUUUGGUACCAUGAGAUACCAGAACCAACGGUGGUGUGGGUAGCAAAUAGGAAUGAUCCCAUCAUUGGAACUUCUGGUGUUCUCUCUAAUGAUGGACAUGGCAACCUUUUUCUCUAUCGCAGUGGCGAGAAUGCGCUUCGUCCGGUGUGGUCUGCGAAUGUUUCUGUGGGAGUAAAUGGUCCCUGUGCGGCUCGGUUGCUGGAUUCUGGAAAUUUGGUGUUGAUGGAAGGUGAAAGGAAGAUGUAUACCGUGUGGCAAAGCUUUGAUUAUCCUACAGACACCCUGCUACCUGGGAUAAAAGUUGGGCUGAAUAGGAGAACAGGUUUGAGCCACUUGUUGACAUCUUGGAGAUCAGCAGAUGAUCCUGGAACAGGAAAUUUCUCAUUUGAGCUGAACCCAAGUGGCUCACCGCAGUUCUUUCUGUACCAAGGUACCAGUCCUUAUUGGCGGAGUGUUCCGUGGCCGUGGGAGAGUAACCAUGAUUUUUUCAACGACACCUUUGACAACAAUGAAGAUGGGAUAUACUAUUCAACUGCUAUAAUGGAUUCUUCAGUUUACAUGAGGGCUGUUGUCGAUCCCUCAGGGAUAUUGAAGUCAAUGACAUGGGAUGAAGGUGAUGGCCGGUGGAAGGCGUUUUAUGCAUCACCUAAGCAGAAGUGUGAUUUCUAUGGAACUUGUGGCCCUAACAGUAAGUGUGAUCCUAGCAUUGUUUUUCCCUAUGAAUGUGCUUGUUUACCUGGUUAUGAACCUAGGUUUCCGAAAAAGUGGCAUUUAAGAGAUGGAUCUGGUGGGUGUGUCCGAAAGCGAGCAGAAGCAACCUCAAUUUGUGGAGAAGGAGAAGGGUUUGUGAGAGUUGAAAAAGUGAAGCUUCCUGAUACUUCAGCAGCCGUCUGGGUGGGCUUGGGAACGAGUAAAUUAAACUGUGAAGGGGAAUGCCGGAAAAACUGUGCAUGCUCUGCAUAUGCUACUAUCGAUAUUGGUGGGAAAGGUAUUGGUUGUUUGCAAUGGCAUGGAGCAAUGAUGGAUACUGUGGAUUUCCCACUCCGUGCUUAUGAUCUCUAUGUUCGCGUUGAUGCUCUUGAACUAGCGGAUUAUCUGAAGGAUUCCAGUGGCUUUGUUGAGUUCAAGCUGAAGAUAAGCAUUAUUGUACCGUCUGUUGUAUCAGUGUGGAUUGUCAUUGCCUUACUUGCUUAUUUAUGGCUCAGGAAGUGGAAAAAGAGGAGAGGUAGUAUGUUAAUGGCAGUGAAGAACAGACUCAUCCGAAACUUGUUUCAUACAAGUGAUGGUUCAAAUUACUUUGAAACUUCAGAAGCAACAAAGGACAUCAAGCAUAGUACUACCAUAUAUCCUGAACUACCAUUUUUCAACCUUGGGACAAUACAGGCCGCCACCAACAAUUUUUCUCCUACCACCAAACUUGGACAAGGAGGUUUUGCUCUAGUGUACAAGGGAAAGCUACCCAACGGACAAGAGGUUGCUGUUAAAAGACUUACUAAAAACUCAAGCCAGGGGCUAGAACAAUUGAAGAACGAAGUGUUAUUAAUUGCGAAGCUCCAACACAGGAACCUGGUGAAGCUCCAUGGAUGCUGCAUUGAGGAUGGUGAACAGAUGUUGGUCUAUGAAUACUUGCCCUACAAUAGCUUGGACUCGCUUCUCUUCGAUGAUAGCCAGAGAUUGUUCUUGGAUUGGAGGAAACGGUUCAAUAUCAUAAUCGGGAUAGCACGUGGGGUGUUGUAUCUUCAUCAGGAUUCGAGGUUCAGAAUUAUCCAUAGAGACUUGAAGCCUAGCAAUAUUCUCCUGGAUGCUGAGCUCAACCCCAAAAUUUCUGAUUUUGGAAUGGCUAGAAUGUUGGACUACCACCAAACCGAAGGCAAGACGAGCAGAAUUUGUGGGACAUAUGGCUAUAUGUCACCAGAGUAUGCACUGUUUGGGAGGUUUUCGGUAAAAUCCGAUGUCUUCAGUUUCGGGGUGAUCUUGCUGGAAACUGUAGCGGGGAGGAAGAUCAAUUGGUUCUCUCAGCAGGAUCCUUCUUUGAGCUUGAUCGGCCAUGUGUGGGAGCGAUGGAAGGAAGAGAAAGCAUUAGAGGUCGUGGAUUCAUCGAUGGAGGGAUCUCUCAAUGCUCAGGAAGUAUUAAAAUGCAUCCAAAUUGGUUUGCUAUGUGUAGAGGAAGAUGUUCAAGAUCGACCUAAUAUGUCGAUGACGGUUCUUAUGUUGAACACUGCAAUGCCACUUCCUCGCCCCAAGCAACCUGGGUUUCCCGGUACAAGCUGCUUCAACAAAUCCAGAGGUGCAGCAGAAGGAUCAUUUUCUGUAAACGAGGUAACUCUAACAGGAGUCAUAACACGCUGAGGAAGAUGCGAUGUGAUGUGCCUGAACUUUGGAAACAUGGUUGCCAUUUGUGUGUUCGUCCAGUUUCCACAGGCUAUGUGCUCUGUCUCACUCCUGUGGCGUGUUUGGAAAUCUCGUAACUUUGUGGUUUUUCGAAUCUACUCUGGUUUGGGUAGAUGUUUUGGCCGCACAGUAUGAUGGGCAGGGGCAGGAGUGGUUCGGGAAUCCUGCUUGUAGUGAUUCGUUUGAUGGGCCAAUUAUUGCAUGGUCUCAUUCGGCGGCAGGUUAGGUGUUGAAGGAUGUCCGAGGGGUGUAGCAGUGACGAGAGCUUAGCAAUACCUAGGGUUGUAGGAUCCUUUCCAUGACAAGUUGGUGGCUCUUCGCUAUGCUUUGAGAUGGUGCGUUGAUUUGGGAUUGCAGGAAGUUGUGUUUGAAGGUGACGAGAAAGUGUCGAUUGACAAGGUGAACGAGCAUAGUUGCGCAAUUCAUGCCAUGUUAUCAUCUGUGACGCAUUUGCUUGUUUGUCCUCGAAAUAACAGGUUAUAUAUCAUUUGGUAGUUCGAAAGGGUCUGUCUCUGACUCUCUGUAUCCUGCUAGCUUGGUAGGGUUAAUUUCCAUCAAUGGUUUUCGAUUUCUUGAACCGUGUAUCCCCCAUCUAUCUUGGUGGUUCAAAGCAUCUUUUGGAAAAAGGAAAAAUGAUAGGAUAUUCGUAUCAACCUAAUCUGGAUGGAUUAGAUUGAAUGGUGCAAGCACU